CCCUCUGUGGCGGGAAGGGAUCGUGUCGCCUGUGGUCCAGUCUUGUGCUGUGCCGCGCCGCGCCGGUGCUGAGGGGGAGCGGCGGCAGGAGCCCCCCCCGCCAUGAACACGGAGAACUUCGGGGCCAGUGAGCGGCUGGUGACGGCGGCCUACGUGCGCCAGGGGGCGCAGGGCCGCCGCGCGCACGAGCUGCGCGUGCGGGCUCUGCUGGAGCAGGGAAAAUGUCCUGAAGACGGAUGGGAUGAAAGCACCAUUGAACUGUUCCUUCAUGAACUUGCCAUAAUGGAUAGCAAUAACUUCCUGGGCAACUGUGGUGUGGGUGAGAGGGAAGGAAGAGUGGCAUCAGGACUUGUUGCCCGAAGGCAUUACAGGUUAAUCCAUGGAAUUGGAAGGUCAGGUGAUAUUUCUGCAGUCCAGCCUAAAGCCGCAGGGUCUAGCCUUUUGAACAAACUUACUAAUUCAGUAGUUCUGGAUGUUCUGAAGAUGGCUGGUGUCCAGACAGUGACCAACUGCUUUGUGGUUCCUAUGGCAACUGGCAUGAGUCUAACUCUGUGUUUUUUAACAUUACGGCACAAGAGACCAAAGGCAAAAUACAUUAUUUGGCCACGUAUAGACCAGAAAUCUUGCUUUAAAUCAAUGAUAACUGCAGGUUUUGAGCCUGUGGUGAUAGAAAAUGUGUUAGAAGGUGAUGAGCUACGGACAGACAUUGAAGCAGUGGAGGCUAAAAUCAAGACUCUCGGUGCUGAAAAUAUUCUUUGUGUGCAUUCUACAACAUCUUGCUUUGCUCCAAGGGUGCCUGAUAGGCUGGAGGAACUGUCUGUGAUUUGUGCUAAUUAUGACAUUCCCCAUAUUGUCAACAAUGCAUAUGGAGUUCAGUCUUCAAAAUGUAUGCAUCUUAUCCAGCAGGGCGCCCGGGUCGGCCGCAUCGACGCCUUUGUGCAGAGCUUGGACAAAAACUUCCUGGUGCCGGUAGGCGGCGCCGUGAUCGCCGGGUUCAGCGAGCCGUUCGUGCGGGAGGUCAGCAGGGCCUACCCAGGAAGAGCAUCCGCGUCUCCUUCCUUAGAUGUCCUCAUCACGCUUCUCUCUCUCGGUGCCAGUGGCUACAAACAGUUGCUGAAAGAAAGAAAGGAGAUGUUUUCCUACCUUUCAAGUGAGCUGAAGAGGCUGGCAGAUGACCACAAUGAGAGACUGUUAGAUACAACACAUAACCCCAUUUCCUUAGCCAUGUCACUGAAAAAUCUAGAUGAAAAUAAUGAUGCUGCUGUAACCCAGCUUGGAUCUAUGCUCUUCACAAGACAAGUUUCUGGAGCAAGGGUUGUUCCCCGUGGAUCUGAACAAACAGUGAAUAACUACACUUUUAAAGGCUUCAUGUCACACGCAAAUGACUAUCCCUGUGCUUACCUCAAUGCUGCCUCAGCGAUUGGAAUUAAAAAGCAAGAUGUAGAUGUGUUCAUAAAGAGACUGGACAAGUGUUUGAAGACUUUUAGAAAAGAAGCAAAGAAAGGAAAGUGUGUCAAUGAAAUAAGUAAUUCUAAUAUAGGCACAGAACAACUUAAAGACUAGAAGAUACAGAUUCAGUAAGACGGGAAGACACACUUUUGUUUGAAGUAUGUCAGGUCUGUGUUGGGUUAGCACUGUGAAUCUGCAGCGUGGAAUGCUUAUUCCUGAUCUGAAAGCAACAACAACAAAGACAAGCUGGGGGAAAUUGAAGUAUAGAGAAAGUAGGCAAUACUCUCUUUAAGACAGAGGGCCAGACACAAGGUUUUUGCAGCAUAUAAACACACUUAAUAUUUGCCUAAGUAAAGCUUGACAUUCUAAGGACUUUGAGUUGGCCUUUCAGUCUGUGGGUGACAGUUUGGACCAGUGUUCAGCAGUGCUUAUUCAUGUGUGUUUGAUUAAUAAGGUUUCCCGUGUCAGUGAUUGAGUUCCUUUCUUGGUUUAGACCAUCCAGCAAAAAACAUUUCACUGCUCACCAAGUACCUCUUGUUUCUCUUCAGCAUACUUACCACUUUUAAUUUAAUUUUGAAAAUUUGUAUAAAUGUUGGGAUAACCCUUGUGAAAUGAGGAAAUGAUAGAGUUGGAAUAGCGGCAUUUUCCAGGUGUUCUUACCUCUCAUGAACUGCAUCAAAGCCCUCAGUGGCAAAGAAAAACAUAAAAUACCUCAUAUCCUGUCAAUAUUCAGUAUUUGCAUAGUUCAGCAACCCACAGGAAUUUAAUAACAAAAGUGAGGGGUUGUGGAGUGGAGAGGUUGGGGUUUUUUGUUUCUCCUUUUCUUUUUUUUUUCUCCUUUUUUCCAUCUCAUGUUUUCUUUGACAGGACAAUCAGGUCAGAGACUCACUGAUAAGAAGGAGGAAUGCCUUGUGGGAUUAAUGCAAACAGUUUCAAGAACCAGUAAGACCUGAGGCUGUUUUGGCAUUUUUAGGCCAUUGUUGUUAAAAUUUAUAGACUUCCAUUUCUGAAGUGUCUCUUGCCAUUGGCACUGUUGUUUCUGUGGCUCUUGUUCAGUUGCUGAUCUGAAUUCUUUAAGCAAACAACAGAUUCAGAGGCUGGUCCUGUAGCAAAGGUUCUGUAUGACUGAAGUGACAGUGCUGUAGGUUGCAAAACUUACAGUUAUUCAUAAAUGCAAUUACUACUUUGUAUGUAGGUUUUGUUGUUGGCUGUUCAAAGUGAGCUUCAUGUCCAAAGACACUUUUUUGUCUGUAACAGUAAUACUGGGGAUACCAUAGUUAAUGAAUUCUAAAGGUCAGGAAAUGUUCAGUUACUCUGGCGGUAUCUGAGACACAUUCCCUUCCGAGCCCUCUGUAAGUUCCUCCAUCAAAACAGUGGUGCUUUUGCAAGGAUUGUCUACCCAAAGUGUUCAAACUAAUUGAUACAAGGGAUGCUGUUAAUAUGUGGAAGUUAAUUUUAUGCCUGUCAUCAUGAAGGUACUCUCAUUUAGUGAGGUCCAUUGUAUCUUGAGCUUAAAUGGAACUACAGCUUCUACAUUGUUACUGCUCCAGUUCCACAUUAGAUUGAUUAAAGGUUGGGAAGGUUUGGCUCCCCAGGUGACAGGCACAGCAUAAACUCAUCUUAGGAGAAAUGUAUAUGACUUGGCCACUGAGUCCUUGUGGCUGGCUAUUAGGAGAUGUACAUGUCUUGUCUUUUCUUUCUCUCUCUUUGGUUUUGGGGCUUGGGUUUUUUGUUUAUUUUUUUGAGACCAUUCUAUACCUCGGUUUUUCCAGUCAGUAAAGCUCUCCCACAAGCUUGGGAGACAAAACUGCAGCUCACUGCCUCAGUAUUCAGUAAUAUUGGAGCAGCCAGUGAAAACCACAAUGCCUUAGUGAUACCUUUCUUCCUGCUUUCUGAUAGUGCUGUUCUGUGCCUGGGUGAGUAUCAAUAACUGAUAUAGAUGGUUAGUCCCAGAAUGCCAACAUUAGAGCUACUGUUACAAGAGUUUAGGGAGGUGUAUGGUAGCAGCUAAAAUAAGCAUUUGGUGAAUAAUGUCCUGAAACUGAAUGAAGAAAAUAGCAGUUGCCUUCUCUGAGAGGAAGAAACCUCUGCCUUUUAUGGUCUCACAAUAAAUUGUCUGUUGCAAGUAAUUCACUCACUUCUGCCGUAGGUUGAACUGCUUUCUCAGGUAGUGUUUUUCCUGUCUUUGAAAUGUUUCCCAUUUGAAAUCAAAGCUGAGAAUUUCAACAAGUCCCUAUAAUUAAGUAUCCAGGGAAACAAUUAAGUGGUUUAUUUGGAUUUUGACCUUUUUUUUUUUAAUUAAAGAAGAGCAGUUUAAGACAAUGGCUUUAAUUGAAAUAUAAAAAAAGAAUUGACAUGUCAUUGAAGUUCUUCACAAAUCUUGGUGAUGCCACCUGAAAUUGGGAAAUUUAAAACAUUAUGAAAAAUGUGCUCCACUGUGAUGUAUAAACUCUUGAACUAAAUGUUUUACUUUGGUAAGCUGCUGUACCAGUUUGCAGUUUUGUUUGCUUUCUUUAUCCCUGUAAAUGUCUUCAGUUUUAAUUAAUCUCAUUUUUUAAUGAGACAGAAGCAUUAUAUAAUGUCACUAUGAAGAUAACAACACUGUAAGAAAUUCAAAUGGCAAUAUGCUUUCAUGUAAAUAGAGAAGACUUGGUUAUUUACAGCAUAUUUGAAAUGGGAGAUUUAAUAGAUGAUCCAGUAUUUUUCAAGGAAAAGCAUAAAUCACUUAUUCUCUGUUCAACUAAUAUCUGUAAUAAAGAAGUGAAAUAAUGUUGAAACAUA